AUGGUCAAGGCUGUCGCUGUUCUUCGAGGAGAUUCCAAGGUCUCCGGUACUGUCACUUUCGAGCAGGACUCUGAGUCCGGCCCCGUCACUGUCACCUACGACAUCAAGGGCAACGAUCCCAACGCUGAGCGAGGAUUCCACGUCCACGAGUUUGGUGACAACACCAACGGCUGCACUUCUGCCGGCCCCCACUUCAACCCCUUCAAGAAGAACCACGGUGGUCCCACCGACUCUGAGCGACACGUUGGUGACCUCGGAAACGUCAAGACUGACUCUGAGGGUGUUGCCAAGGGUGUUCUCAAGGACUCUCUUCUCAAGCUGACUGGUGACAACUCCAUUGUUGGCCGAACCGUCGUUAUCCACGGUGGUGAGGACGAUCUUGGAAAGGGUGGCCAUGCCGACUCUCUCAAGACCGGAAACGCUGGCCCUCGACCCGCCUGCGGUGUCAUUGGUCUUACCGCCUAA